AUGAUGAAAACCCUAAUGUUCCUCCUCCUCCUCUUAUUCAUCACCAGCAGCUCCACCGCCGCCUCCGUCUUGCCACCAAUCUCCGCCAUCUAUGUUUUCGGAGACUCGACAGUCGACCCCGGAAACAACGAUUACCUUCCGACGGCCUUCUUCCAAGCAAACCACCGACCUUAUGGUGAAGAUUUCCCGGGUCACAUCCCGACCGGCCGGUUCACUGACGGUUUAAUUGCACCCGAUUUUAUGGCCCAAUUACUUGGUCUAAAACAAUUUAUUCCGCCCUACUUAAAUCGGUCCGUAUCAGACCGUGAUCUGUUAACCGGGGUUAGUUUUGCCUCGGCCGGGUCCGGAUUAGAUGAUCUAACGAUUGAUUUUUCACAUGCACUUGAUCUAACGGAUCAAGUUACAUAUUUUUCGGAGGCUAUAAAGAGAAUGGAAAAUUCAGCGGGUCAAGAGAUAACGAACCGGACCGUAGAAAAUGCAAUGUUUUUAAUAUCGGUUGGGUCGAAUGAUAUGCUAAUUAAUUAUUAUGAUUUACCAACUAGGGCUUUGUUAAACUCUCCUUCAGCUUACUCUGAUUUUCUUCUUUCUAGGCUUAAGCCUAUUAUUCAGUCACUCUACACCCUAGGAGCAAGGCGGUUCGUGGUGGCGGGUUUUCCACCAUUGGGUUGUUUGCCAAUUCAAGUGAGUGUUGGUAGCAUCAUCCCUAAUCCACAUUGGCUACAAAGAGUUUGUGUUGAUCAACAAAAUUCAGAUGCAGAGAUUUAUAAUGCCAAACUCCAAUCCCUUCUUAAUUUGUUGCAAUCUCAAAACCCUCAUGCUAGAUUUGCUUAUGCUGAUAUUUACACUCCUUUGCUUGAUAUGAUUAACCACCCUCAAUCAUAUGGUUUUGAAAGGACACUAGAAGGAUGUUGUGGUACAGGAAUUCUUGAAUCAGGCAGCCUAUGCAACACCAUGGUGGUGACUUGCUCAAAUCCAUCAACUUAUAUUUUCUGGGAUUCAAUUCAUCCCACACAAGCUGCAUAUAAGGUUUAUGCCAAUGCUUUGAACAACACUGUGCUUCCAAAGCUACUUAGUUGA